GCACCAAAUUAUGCCCGUGUGCGAAGCUGUUUGCCUACUGAGUAUGAAUGCCCUAGCUGCGCCAAUAAAACAUUGAGUAAGCUCUGCGCAACAUCUGGGCUUCACCCUGUUCAAGCUCCAACAGAUGACCCUAAUCCUUCCCCUGGGGUUGUGUACCAUAACAAGUUCUGUUGGUUCUGUGCCAACCCCACUGAUUAUAAUAGACAAGCUUGCCGAAUAAGUCUGGGGUACAGAAAUUCAGCAGAAUUUAAAUUGUUCUCAUUUCAAAUAUUAGUUGAUAUUUCUGUAGAUAACAAAAGAAGUCUCAAUGUCCGUUCAUCUUCGGGAAUUCAAAGUGUUGGGUUUGAACUUGAAUGCAAAACUGAAUCAAGCUGUAUUGCAGUGGCUUGCCCUGAUGGUUAUAUGAAAAAUGGGGAAAGGUGUGUCAUGAAAGGGAAAUUAGUGCAUACCAUUUUAAGAACAACGGUAUUGGAAAUAGGAGCGACCAAGCAAAUCGAGAUUAUGGAGAAUCUUCUCCAAGACACAUUCAUUCCUACAGGUUAUAUAGAUUGUAGUUGUCAUAUUAAAUCUCCCGACGUUAAUCAAAACACAUUUAUAAUGAGUUUCAAUGUUUCAUUCCCUGGUAAUGCAACAAAUCUUGAGAUCCAUAGAAAUAUGAGAACUAAAUAUGAGACAUUUGUAAUGCAAGCAGAGGAGGGAGACUUGUCUGAGAUGAAUAUGACUUAUGAGAUACUGCCCUCAGAAGUAAACAAUCCAGAAACAAUUCUAGAUAAGAAAAACAGUACAACCUCAGCCUCAGGUGGAUUCAUCUGGCCAGUGUUUAUUGCAAUCAUAGUAAUGACAUUUGUACUGUAAGACAUUUUCUUAAAUUGUUGGAUGUCUGAUUUGAUAAGGUAAAAGUACAAUAGUGGUAAUAGAGGGUGAUAUCUUCUUGAAUAGUUGACUUGCUACAUGUUUGUACAUGUAUAAACAUUAUUUGAGAUAAUUAU